AUGAGGCUGGGAAAGCCUUCUGCUGUCAUUACAGAGGAAAGGUAUCUAAAGGAGUCAGUUUCUACCAAGCUGCCCCCCAUCAUCCCAGACGGAAAUUACUGUGUGCACCAGAACAGCAAUGAAAAGUACCACAAAGCCAUCCGGAGGGUACAAUUAAAGACAUUCCACAAUCAGCUCUUUGAAGCACCUCUGACAGAUGCCCAGAAUUUCAGUUUCUGGAUGCCACAUGAACGUGGGGUGCGCCCACAAGACAUUGCUCCAUGGAUGAAGACUCCCCGACACUGCAUUAUCAAAAGCCCCAUAACCAGGUUUGUGGAUCACCUGAUACUCAAUGACCGCCUCUUCAGUUUAUAUUGAGCUGGGGCAGCAGAAGGCAGGCCUGGGGCAUAUAUACCAAGGACUGGUACUCCAGA